AUGGGCCCGUCUUCCUUGUCUCCUACGGUGUCAUACUCGUCACCAUCAACUACCGCCUGGGGCCACUCGCUACAGAACAGCCUCCAUCAAUGGAGUGUGGACACACGAGUAACAGUGCCAAAUUCCACUGCACGCUUCCUGAGCACCGGAGAUGAUGUCGUUCCCGGCAACGCAGGUGUCAAGGAUCAGCACCUGGCGCUGACCUGGGUGAAGCAGAACAUCGCCAGCUUCGGUGGCGACCCAGACCUCGUCACCCUACAGGGGCAGAGUGCGGGAGGCAUGGACGUCUCAUUACAUCUCGUCUCGCCUCUUUCCUCAGGCCUGUUCUCGCGGCUGAUUAUCCAGAGCGGUAACUUCAUCGUGACCUCAGCUCCCCUGGAAGCGGCUCGUAGGAACGCCUUCAGACUGGGGGCUGCCCUCGGCUUCGAGACGGAUGUCUCCCAGCAGCUGGUGGACUUCCUGCGCUCUGUCAACGCUACAGACCUGCUGGUGAACAGCUCACUCAUACUGACAGGCGAGGAGAAGCUGCUGUACUCGUAUGCUCUCUGGUCACCGCAUAUCGAAGCAGAGCAUGAGGGUGCUUUCAUCUCGGAACCUCCAAUCCAGCCGCUCAUCGAUGGCCGUUUCCUGCGAGUGCCCAUCAUGACAGGCGUCACUUCCGGUGAAAAUAAUUUUGGGAUACUUAACGAUACCGAUAAGAUCAACACUCUCAACAACCAGUUCGUGGAGUCGGUGGGGCCCUGUCUGCACCUGUCAACAGUAGAGGAACAACAAGCUGCAGCAGCCAAAGUGAGGGAGUUCUACUUCAGCAAAGACACUAUCUCUGCAGAUAAUCCUGACGCUCUGGUGUAUGUGAGUAAUUGUUACGUCUACUAG